AUGCAGCCCCUGGGGCCCACUGCUCAAGGUCAAGGCCCUGUUCUGCUGUGCCUGCGGGAGGAGGUGCGGGAAAACUGCGUGCGGUGGCGGAAGAGGUUCACCUUCGUGUGUAAGAUGAGCGCCAACCCGGCCACCGGCCUGCUGGACCCCUGCAUCUUCCGUGUGUCGGUGCGCAAGGAGCUGAAAGGCGGGAAGGCUUAUUCCAAGCUGGGCUUCGCCGACUUGAACCUGGCCGAAUUCGCAGGCUCAGGCUCCACAGUGCGCUGCUGCCUGCUGGAGGGAUAUGACACGAAGAACACCCGUCAGGACAACUCCAUCCUCAAGGUGUUUGCCAUCUCGCAUCUCAUGACACCUGACAGCAGCCCCAUCGGGUGUGACUCAGUCAGGCGGAAGAAGGACUCCGUGGAGAGUCACCCGACCUGGGUGGAUGACACUCGGAUCGACGCAGAUGACAUCGUGGAGAAGAUCAUGCAAAGCCAAGACUUUACGGACGGCAGCAACACUGAGGACAGCAACCUCCGGCUGUUUGUGAGCCGUGAUGGCUCUACCACGCUGAGUGGCAUCCAGCUGGCCAACAGGGUCUCCUCUGGGGUCUAUGAGCCUGUCGUAAUAGAAAGCCAUUGA